ACGACGCCUGCGCAGUUGCGUGAAAUUGGCACUCUGACGAUUUGGGCCAUUUUUCUCUCCGCCAUAUUUCGGACAAAGACUUGGACAGACAUCCACCGAAAAUGUCUGAUUCUGCCGGAGAAAUGCGCAUGUCGUCGCCCAAGGCGGACGAGAAAUCGCAGAAUGCUGUGAAAGAUCAUAAACUACAAAACCAUAUCAAAUCCAGUCCUCAGAAAAUCAAAAAGCCAUCCAGUGGCAUGGCCAACAACCACCACUCUAAUUCUGUGUCGGUUAAGAGCAGCGGCAAUCACCAACCAUCCCCUGCUCGUCCCAAAGAGGGGUCCAAUUCCCACUCGUCCCAUUCGAAACCCCAGUCAAACUCACACGGGAAGCCCUCCAGCAAGCCGUCCAGCGGCGUGUCCGGGUCCGGGUCACAUUCCUCCUUUAAGCAUUCCUCCUCGUCGUCGUCGAAGCCCUCGCCGGGGUCAUCUAGUUCGGCCAAGCCCAAAGAAGGAUCCUCCGGUGUGUCCAAACCCAAGGUCAAUUCCACCCCGGGCUCUGUGAAGCCAUCCUCCGACAAGCACAAGUCGUCAUCUGUGCCGUCGAAGACAAGCUCUUCGUCUGGCACGCCAUCACACAAGACGAGCUCUUCGUCCUCUACGCCGUCACACAAGACCGGCUCCUCAUCUGGUACGCCCUCGCACAAGAGCCCCUCCUCUGGAACGCCCUCAAAUAAGACCUCAUCGGGCUCCAGUAAACCGAAAGAAGGCAGCAGCUCACUCAAACCCAAAGAUCCUUCUUUGAAACCAAAGGCCCCUUCGGCCAAUAAAGACUCAUCCUCGAAGCCUAAAGACAGCACAAGCAAAACUUCAUCAAAGUCACUACCAUCGAAAAGUACCAGCUCAUCGCAUGUGUCAAAGGAGAAGGAUAAGUCGCAUAGCAAACCGUCUUCGGAUCGACCCAAACACUCGGACGGGAAGAGCAGCUCAAGCGACAGUGAUUUCAAGAAAGACAAGUCGUCUUUGAAUCAUGAAAAUCGCAAGCUGCACAAGGACGGCGACAAAGUCAAAGUGAAACCAGAAAAGAACGGAGAGCAUGAAGGAAAGAUGACCGUCAAAGUCAAAGCUGAGGUUGUGAGUCCAUUGAAAAUCAAGAAAGAGGCUACGGGUUUAUACUCCAAUGCAGUGGGCCAAACUGUGGACAAACAUCAAGCGGCUCACAAAAUCAAAAAGGAAUCUGACAAGCAUCGUCCUGCAAAGCGCCCUCUAGAGGACUCGGAUGACGAGAAACCCCUUUCCGCCAGGGUUGAAAAGGCAAAGAAACAGAAGACUGACAGCUCCUCUGUCAAAAAGGAGAAAACGAAAGACGUGCCUCCGAAGCGGAAACAUGAAGAGAGCGAGGAAGACGAACCACUGGUCAAGAAAUCCAAAGCAGAUGUAAAGAAAUCCAAGGACAAGACAAAAGACAAAGGCAAGGACAAAGGCAAGGACAAAGGAAAAGACAAGGCGAAAGGAGCUAAGAAGAAAGGCAAGAAAGGAGAAGAGGCCGCAGAGGUCUGGAAAUGGUGGGAGGAGGAGCCCCAUCCAGAGGGAGUCAAGUGGGUCUUUCUGGAGCACAAGGGACCCGUCUUUGCCCCGCCCUACGAACCCCUGCCGGACCAUGUGCGAUUCUUCUAUGACGGCAAGCAGAUGCAGUUGAGCGAAAAGGCGGAGGAGGUGGCCGGCUUCUACGCACGCAUGUUGGACCAUGACUAUACAACGCGAGAGGUGUUCAACAAGAACUUCUUCAAGGACUGGAAGAAGGAGAUGACAGAACACGAGCGCAAGGUCAUCCACAGUUUGAGUAAGUGUAACUUCAAGGAGAUGCAUCAGUACUUCCUGGAGAAGGCCGAGGAGAGGCGGAAUUUGUCCAAGGAUGAGAAACUGGCAAACAAGCAGAAAAACGAAGAUCUCCUGCAGGAGUACGGGUUCUGCAGCAUUGACGGCCACCGAGAGAAGAUGGGCAACUUCAGGAUUGAACCUCCGGGCCUGUUCCGCGGCCGAGGCGAUCACCCGAAACAGGGGAUGCUGAAGAAGCGCGUGUACCCGGCGGAUGUCAUCAUCAACUGCAGCAAGGACUCCAAAAUCCCUGUGGCGCCGGAGGGCCACCGAUGGAAACAGGUGAUCCACGACAACAGCGUGACCUGGCUGUGCUCCUGGACUGAGAAUAUCCAGGGUGCCAUCAAGUACGUCAUGCUCAACCCCAGCUCCAGGCUAAAGGGUGAAAAGGAUUGGGCCAAGUACGAGACGGCGCGCAAGCUGAAAAAGUGCGUGGAGAAGAUCCGGGCCAACUACCGGGAAGACUUCAAGAGUAAAGAGAUGCGUAUCAGGCAGCGGGCCGUGGCACUCUACUUCAUUGACAAGUUGGCGCUCAGGGCCGGUAACGAGAAAGAAGAAGGCGAGGGUGCAGACACUGUGGGCUGCUGCUCACUGCGUGUGGAACACCUGACUCUACACCAGGAGAAAGACGGACAAGAAUUUGUGGUGGAGUUUGAUUUCCUGGGUAAGGACUCCAUCCGCUACCAGAACAGUGUGCCAGUCGAAAAGAGGGUGUUCCGGAAUCUGAACCUGUUCAUGGAGAACAAGCAAGAAGGGGACGACCUGUUUGACCGCUUGACCACCGCCAUCCUGAACAAGCACCUGCAGGAGUUGAUGGAGGGACUGACCGCCAAGGUCUUCAGGACCUACAACGCCUCCUCCACGCUGCAGAACCAACUGGAUGAGCUGACAAUAGAGGAAGACUCGGUGCCGGCCAAGAUCCUGGCCUACAACCGAGCCAACCGGGCCGUGGCCAUCCUGUGCAACCAUCAACGGGCCGCCCCCAAGACGUUUGACAAGCAGAUGGAGAACCUUCAGGCUAAGAUUAAGGCCAAGCACGAGGCCAUCAAGAAGGCUCGGAAGGAGUUCAAGGCCAUGAAGAAUGAGUACAAAUCCAGCCGUAACGAAAAGGUCAAAAGUGCCCUGGAGCGUAAGAAGACCCAAGUGGAGCGUCUAGAGGAACAGCUGACCAAGCUGGAGGUGAGCGCUACAGACAAGGAGGAGAACAAGGAGAUUGCGCUGGGCACCUCCAAGCUGAACUACCUGGACCCUCGCAUCUCGGUGGCCUGGACGAAGAAAUGGGCAGUUCCCAUCGAGAAGAUCUACAACCGCACCCAACGGGACAAGUUCCGAUGGGCCAUCGACAUGGCGGGACCCGAUUUUGUAUUUUAACGAGAGGCAAGACUUAUAUAUUUUCUAGACAAAUCACAAACACAUUCAAACAUUUGACAAACCGUUAUUAUUUGUACAGAUACAUAGUAGAACGUUUUUGAUGUUAAAAAAAAGCAUUUACUACUUUAAGAGCGUCUUAAAAUCCUCCUAGCCACCGAUAAUGAAUCAGAUUCUUGGUUUUUUUCCGCGUUGUAAGAGAUUUUUUUAAAAUGUACUUGAAAACAAAUAAAAAUAGCUGCCAGUCCUGUGAUUUUUUUUCUUUUUCUGCGGAGUGACAACUUCUGUUGAAUGAAAUUCACGGCAGUUUUUUUUUUUUUUUACAAAUACGGUGGCCUUUGGGUCUUAUUUUAAUAAUGUACAUGUAUGUAUUUUCUGUUGGGAUCCAUGUUUGUGGAAUGUACAUUGAGGAGUAAACUCGCGCUAAACUUUGGAAAGUUAUUGUA